UUUGUGUACUCAAACUUCAUCAAGUUAUCAAUGAACACAAUUAUAAUUUUUUGCUAAUAAACCAGUUCAUCAUCUAUUUUUCUUUUACUUUAAGCUUACAUAAGUAGCAAACUACAGAAGCCUUAACGUAUUACUUUUAGACUAUAAUUGAGAAUUCAGUUCACUCUAUUUUCACAAUUAGCUCACGACUCUAAUUCUUACAUAAACGGGGCUGAUAUGGGUGCAGCAGAAAGUCUGUCGUCUGUUCUAUCAAGCGAUUCCUUCUUUGCAAAGCUGAAUUUUUUCCUUCUGAUUCUAGCAUCGGUUGGUAUUUGGCUUUGGAGCGAUGCUUUAACCGUUGAGGUACCUUUUCUCGUGCCAAUUUUACCCGAAGGAUGGCGACUCGGCUCCUUCCUCGUUCUAAUGAAAGGUCUUUCCACCUCUUCUUUGCUGCUACUUCCUCUAUUUUUGAAGCGAGGAAUCAUCACCGCCUGUCUUAUCUGCUACGGGCUUGGCUUUCUUCUUAGUAUUUCUAUUUGUUUCUCAUGGGACCAAAAAAUAGGACCGACCAAAUUAUUCCCCGAUGGACUUAGUAUCGGGUUCUUAGCAAAUGCCUUUUGUCUAAUGGGUUUGGACUCACUUCGAAUGACUUUGGUUUUCAUGCUGGCAACAAGCAUGUUCUCUGAGUCCUUCAUAACUGCAGUAUUGAUUGGCGAUGCAUGUGGGGGUGUGUUCGCCAGCGGCAUUUCCUACAUUCAAGGCUACAAGCUGUUUUUUAGAUCCGCAACUAAUUCAGUCUCGAAAGACACUUUGUCAAAAGAUUACGUGUUUGGACCACAGACUGCUCUACUGUUCUUAGCGUUUGUUUUCACUACUUGUUUCGCUUCUCUUGGGUGGCUGAUAUACCGAAAUAAAAACGACCGAAAAGCGAAGUAUUCGGCACUCACCGAAAGAGAAGGGGAAACUGAGAAAAGCGAAACGUCCCCAUUGCACUUGGCCAACAUUUACUCGGAGAACCACAAGUACUUUCUCUGGUUCAACUGGUUCGCAGCCAGUGGAUCCGUCUUCACGUUGAUGCCAGCCUUCCACUCCUUCUCGACAUUGCCUUACAGCCAGAGGUGUUUCAUGUUAGCCGUAUCUUUCUGGGCGCUCUCGUUCCCGCUGACUGCCAUCUUUGCUCACUUUGUCAGGCUGAGAAAAAUGUUCAGUUUGCUCAUUUGUCUCAUUCUUCACGUCGUAGUGUGUGGCGUCCUCAUUUUCAUUGCCUCUCAAAGUCCCCACCCACCUCUUCAGGGAUACAAACUCGCAGAGCCUAUGAUGAUACUCCUCUGGAUUGCUCAAGGUAGCUCCGGUUUCUUCCUCUUCUGCACGGCUAGUAACUGUCUCAGAGAAAUUGACGAGAAUGCGGUGAAAUAUGGAUCGAUCGCAGCUCAGCUGGGAGAUGUUGUGUGCUCCCUUCUAUCGUUCACCUUAAUAAACGUCUCUAACUACUUCGUUGAACCCAGAGAUGAGUAGCUAUUAAACUGACAGUUUCAGCCUGAAUCGAAAAAACAACUGCUGUAUUUAGAUAUUAAUAAAAAUUGUUUUACAAUAUGCAUAAGUAGCUGCAUAAACUUUUGUGGCCCGGUCAGUAGUCAAGUUUCCGUGUGAGAGUGAAC